UACAUCUGGCAGCUUCUGAUGCAUGUUGAGUGACCGAUGCGGCGCAGGAUCGAUACUGGUAUCGUCCUGGGUCACCAGUCUCCGAGGCUCAAAACUAACCACGGCCAACACACAUCCACAGCAAACACAGAAAUUGAACUAUCGUCACGGCUACCACCAGGCUAUGGAUACAGUCGGUACGUCCCGAACUGCACCAACCGCAACGAGAGCAUCCUCCGAUGCCAAAAGGAAUAUAUGGUCGGCAAAAAUCAUCUUCGUGCUUCUCGGACUCCACAACACACUGCGCAAUUAUGGGCCACCUUCUGUGCCGCAUAAGACUUCAGAAAUAGCCACGAUUUUAAAAACCGUGAGCUCUUUCAAUUGGGCGCCAUAUUGUUACGAACUGCUUGUCACUCUGUGGGCCGCGCCGGCUGGCUCAUCGGUUCUCAGGGUAGGGGUCCCAUCCCUGGCCCGCAGUCCGAACAAUCGAUUACAUCAUCGAUACACAAACAGCUGUGGCGAACGGAACUACACAACACUACAACAAAAGACGACGGAAAUCCACAACAUAAACAACAAAACCUGCAAUCAACAACAAAACGGAUCCCGGUUCCGGACCCAGGCGUACCCGCCCUGCCUGAGAUGACACCACUCCGUCAUCUCCCUCAUGUUGGCCACCGAAUGGACCUACUUCAUCCUGUGUUGGCCAUCGUGUUUCUCCCUCCCCCCUACAGCAAUAAUUAUACGGACAUUUUCAUGUUCAGAUGGGUAUAAUUUGUGUUAUUUCCUUAUUUAUAUAUACAUUGCGGUCGAACAUCCUUAAUCUCUAACAUCUUUUAUAUUUCAUGUGUGUACAUUUCUUCCUUGCUACACGAAACCACAGACGAGGAACGAAAACAUGGCCAUCAACAUAAAUAAUGGCAUAUACAAAUCUGCACCGUAAAUGUGCGACACAAGGCUGUUGCGGAGACGCCGCGGGACAAAUAUAUAUAUAUAUAUAUAUAUGUUUAUACGUAUGUAUGUUAUGGAAUGGUAUGUCAAGGUUAAAUGUGAAUCGCUUAAUAUUACCUUAGCCUGCCUAAAGAGCUCUCUGGGUGGUUUAAGGGGCGAUGUAAGGGUAGAGUAUAUGUAUAUAUUUAUAAAUGUUUAUAUAUAUAUAUAUAUGUUUAUCUGUCAAUCUAUGUGUGCUUGUGAUUAUAAUUAAAUCUCAUUAUAUACUUAAAUGUAUAUAAAUAUCUGUCAAAUAUUAAUCAUGUCGUUAUCGUCCCUACUCUGUUUGUCUUGUUUUCAAUUUUAAUUUGCAUUUUAAUUAAUUUUAUAUUCUUUUUAGCUUAGCUUGAUUUUUACUGCGAUUUUUACAUCAUUUAAAUUUAAUUA